GUCUGUCUUACUGGGGUAUCCAAACAGGCUCUAAAAUGUCUCCCAAACACGACCUUAAUUUGCUCGGAGGAGGAGGCCGCCAGGGCGGGCGCGCUUGCUCGGCAUUAAUGUAAAGUGAAUUCUGGGCUCACGCCGACUCAAACUUUUUUUCCCGAGUUGUAAACUAGUCGUCGUUAUGCCAGCAACCGAUCCUGAUCCUGAGAGUUGAUCAAGCAAAGCGCAAUGUUGCACGAACUCUUGCUGGCACUCCUAGGCUACACGGGAGACCUAAUCAUCGACGAGAGAGAACAGCAGCAAUCGAUCGGCAUUGUCCUGUCUCCGGACGCUCCCAUAUCAGAAGAACGCACCUUCAAACUCGCUCCUGAUCUCUCUUUUAUCGAACCCAGCGAAAGGGAUGCUAUUGAGAGGAUAAUUACCUUAGGGUUUUACUACAGAGAACUUGACCGCUUUGCCACUAAGUCAAGGAAUUUAAGUUGGAUAAGGUCUGCAAACGAAUGUCCUCUGCCUCGAGCAUCUGAAUUAGCCAAGGGGAAGAAGGAGAAACAGAGUGUGUACAGGAGGGCAAUUGCUAAUGGCCUUGUUGAGGUGUUGUCAGUCUACCGGUCUGCUGUCCUACAAAUAGAGCAGAAAUUGUUAUCAGAUAAUGUUCCCAUCUUGGCAACGGUUACCCAAGGUUUAAAUAAGUUCUUUGUUCUUUUGCCACCUCUUUAUGAGCUCAUUCUAGAGAUCGAGCGUGAUUGUAUUUGCGGAGGACAACUUCUUAACCUUUUGCAGAAACGGUGCCAUUGUGGGGUGCCAGAACUACAGACAUGCAUUCAAAGGCUUCUUUGGCAUGGGCAUCAGGUCAUGUAUAAUCAACUUGCUUCCUGGAUGGUUUAUGGGAUUCUUAAUGACCAGCAUGGAGAAUUUUUCAUUAGCAGCCAGGAAGACAGGGACGCUGAGCAUGACUCAUCUCAUCCAGACAUGCUCGACAAAUUUGGGCGAAUGUCAACUAAUGAUGCAUCUCUAACAGAUUGGCACUUGGGCUUUCACAUUUCUCUGGGUAUGCUGCCAGAGUACAUCCCUAUGCGUGUUGCAGAAUCCAUUCUGUUUGCUGGAAAGGCAGUGCGAAUUCUACGGAAUCCAAGUUCUGCAUUCCGAUUCCAGGACACUGCAUAUCAUCACCAGAAACCAAGAGGACCACAAAGAUUUCAAGGAUUUUCAGACCGCUUUUCUUUCCAGAAGGAACCCUCCUUGGAUGCAAAGAUUGGUGAAGAAUUGCUUCCUCAGUCAGAGGCUGAUAAGAUUGAAGCCAUGCUUCAGGACCUGAAGGAAUCAUCCGAGUUCCAUAAAAGAUCAUUUGAGUGUGCUGUGGACUCAAUUCGGGCUAUUGCAGCCAGUCAUCUUUGGCAGCUUGUGGUUGUACGCGCCAACUUAAAUGGCCACUUGAAGGCUCUUAAGGACUACUUUCUGUUAGCCAAAGGUGAUUUCUUUCAGAGUUUCCUGGAAGAAAGUCGCCAGUUGAUGCGUCUUCCACCUCGGCAAUCAACUGCUGAGGCUGAUCUUAUGGUCCCAUUUCAGCUGGCUGCAUUAAAGACCAUUGGUGAUGAAGACAAAUAUUUUUCAAGGGUUUCCUUGCGGAUGCUGUCCUUGGGAAUUUCAGUUAAAUCCUCCCAAAUGGAUUUGCUAAAGGCAAAAGCUUAUGGUGAGGGAGAUUCUAAUUUGCUGUCAGAUACUGCAGAGAUGUCAGUUGAUGGCUGGGAUGGUAUUGCUCUUGAAUAUUCCGUUGAUUGGCCCUUACAAUUAUUUUUUACACAAGAAGUGCUCUCAAAAUAUCGUCGGAUAUUCCAAUAUUUGCUUCGUCUUAAGCGAAUACAAAUGGAACUGGAGAAAUCAUGGGCUUCUGUCAUGCAUCAAGAUCAUACUGAUUUUGCCAAGCAUCGUAAUGACCGCAUGAACUCUUCAAUAUCUCAGCAGAGACGACAACGCUUUAAACCAUUGUGGCGGGUUAGAGAGCACAUGGCUUUCUUGAUUAGAAACUUACAAUUUUAUAUCCAGGUGGAUGUGAUAGAAUCUCAAUGGAAUGUAUUGCAAGCUCGUAUUCAGGAUUCUCAUGAUUUCACUGAACUGGUGGGCUUUCAUCAAGAGUACUUAUCAGCCUUAAUUUCACAAUCUUUUGUGGACAUUGGCUCACUAUCAAGGAUACUGGAUAGCAUAAUGAAACUUUGCCUUCAGUUCUGUUGGAACAUAGAGAACCAAGAAAAUGGUGCAAGUACUGUUGAUCUGGAGCGUAUAACUGAGGAAUUUAAUGAUAAAUCGAACUCCUUAUACACCAUUUUGCGUAGCAGCAAACUUGCUGGGAAUCAAAGGGCCCCAUUCCUUAGGCGUUUUCUUUUACGUCUAAACUUCAAUUCCUUCUUUGAGGCAACAGCUAGAGGCGUGAUGAAUGUUGUCAGACCACGCCCAACACUCCCAGUUUUGCAUUAAUAGCAGUAAAUUAGCAAUCAGUAAUCCCCCUCCUUCUGAAGUGGCCAAUCCUUGGCUGUGAGGUAAAUCCUAUGUUUCCUUGGUUUACUUUUCAGUUAUUAAAUCAAUAAAGGAAACAAGGUCUAAUAGGGCUGUGUAGUGGAUGUGUAAUCUCUUCUCAUCUGGAUGUUGAAAUUUGGUUGAUUCAUCCGGUAGCUGAGCUUGAGGACACAAGCUAACUCUUGUUAAUUUCGUGUGACUACCCUUCCGAAGCUGACACUUGGGGUAGCUCAAAGGAGUGCGGAUCGAUGUUCUGUUGUCACCUUGACCUUCCAGUGUGAAAGUCUGGUGGUGUGCUAUCCGUCACUGGAUUAGGUGUACCUGAGUCUCAUUUGACUCAAGACAGUUAGGUGGUGCUUCUGAAGUUCUGGUAACUAGACAAGUUAUCAGAUUGUUUUUCUCCAGCUAAUUUUUAUGGGAAUUUAUGUGGUUUGCCUUUGUUACUUGUCUUCAGUUGCUUGCUCCUUAAGAUGUUUCACUGUAAAAAGUGAGAGUUAUUUCGUUUGUAAUCAAUCUAUUGAUUGCUUACCUGGAGUUGUGAUUUGAGACCUGAAGGUCUGGUUUUUCUUUUUUGUAAAAUUAUCCCACCAAAAGGCAAAUGAAGAAUUUGUAUCGUCUUGGACGGAAAUUGAAGAAGUU